ACCCCCACAAAUGAUACCCUACACGUGUACUACAUAGCCAUUCACUUCAAACACUUCAAACUCCGCUCUGCCAAACUCUCUUUUAUCUUCCACAAAACCACUACUUCUUCUUCACAUACAAUUAAUCAAACAAAUCAUGGGCAUAGAAGAAACAGAUAGAUUCAAACUAGUUGGUUUCGAGAAUUUCACCUGUACCAAUCCCCAUUCAGAUUUAUUCACCAUUAAACGCUUCCACCACAUAGAAUUCUGGUGUGGCGAUGCAACCAACACUGCACGUCGUUUUUCUUGGGGACUAGGCAUACCAAUUGUAGCAAAAUCAGACCUCUCUACGGGAAACUCAAUACAUGCUUCAUACCUACUUCAUUCCUCACAACUUAACGUCCUUUUCACUGCUCCUUAUUCACCUACAAUCUCUACAACAGCUCAUGCUUCCUCUGCAUCAAUUCCAGCUUUCUCCGUCUCGUCGCAUCGCUCUUUCACUGCCACACACGGGCUCGGUGUUAGAGCGAUUGCAUUGGAAGUUGAGAACGCGAGUUCGGCUUUUGAAAUUAGUGUUGCUAAUGGGGCGAAACCUGUUUCGGAACCGGUUGUUUUGAAUGGUGAAGUUGUGAUUGCUGAAGUGAAUCUAUAUGGUGAUGUUGUUUUGCGGUUUGUUAGUUAUUUGAAGGAUUCUAAUUCAGAUGGAUUCGUUUUUCUUCCAGGUUUUGAAUUGAUGGAAGGAACGGCGUCGUAUCAGGACCUUGACUAUGGUAUUCGCCGCCUAGACCAUGCCGUCGGGAAUGUCCCGGAGCUGGGUCCCGCUGUCGAGUAUAUCAAAAGGUUUACUGGAUUUCACGAAUUUGCGGAGUUUACAGCUGAAGAUGUUGGUACAGCUGAGAGUGGGUUGAAUUCUAUUGUGUUGGCAAACAAUGACGAAACUGUUUUGCUUCCGUUGAAUGAACCAGUUUAUGGAACGAAAAGGAAGAGUCAAAUUCAGACAUAUUUGGAGCACAAUGAAGGGACAGGGGUGCAGCAUUUAGCUUUGGUAACUGAGGAUAUAUUUAGAACUUUGAGAGAAAUGAGGAAAAGGAGUGGUAUUGGGGGAUUUGAAUUCAUGCCUUCACCUCCCCCGACUUACUAUAGGAAUUUGAAGAGCAGGGCAGGGGAUAUACUGAGCGAUGAGCAAAUACAGGAAUGUGAAGAACUUGGAAUUCUAGUGGAUAGGGAUGAUCAGGGAACUCUGCUUCAGAUAUUCACGAAGCCUGUAGGUGACAGGCCUACAAUAUUUAUCGAAAUAAUCCAGAGAAUAGGGUGCAUGCUGAAAAACGAGGACGGAGAGGUUUAUCAGAAGGGUGGAUGUGGAGGCUUUGGUAAGGGAAAUUUCUCAGAGCUCUUUAGAUCCAUCGAAGAAUAUGAAAAGACUCUUGAAGGUAAACAAAACACUCAAGCAGCGCAGCCGUUGCUUGAGCAUGUGCUCGUCUCACAACCCUGUUUAAUCGACGUUAAGGAUGAGGUACCGCAGUUGAUAUAGCAGCUGCAUGGCUUCUAUUUUACCUCUCAAUUGUUAAUGAAAAAUAGUUUUCCGUGUAUAUGUUUAAUUAUCUGCUAUUGUACAAAGAGACAUUAUUUAAUGGAAAGAACCAAGAAUAAAUAAUGCAGUACAAGGAGA